AUGGAAUCUGGUAACGCCACAUCACACGACCAGAACAGUCCUCCACCAGACGAGCACGAUGAGGAGGAUGUCAUUGAUCCCCAGAGUCCAAUGGAUCCAUUCGAUUGGCAAGCACUAGAGACAGAGUAUCUCGCCGCGAUGGCCGAAUGCAAGGCAGAAGAAGACGCCCAUCUUCAAGAUUUCGCUUCAUUGUCGCAAUUCUUCGCCGUCUGGGCAGAAACCAUCUCGGGUCGCGAACAGGAAAGAAGCCACCAACGGCAUGUCUAG